AUGAGCGAAGAAAGGGACCUUUUACUUCAGCAAAAAUAUGGCCAUUCACCAAAAGAAGGGUCGAGUGAUUUGCCAUGGUCACCAACUUUGUCUCUCCUUCUACGACAUACCUCCGUCCGCUCUUUUCUGCCUGACGCCCUCCCCGCCGGCACUUUAGAGAUCCUGAUUGCGGCAGGGCAAAGUGCAUCAACAUCAUCAAUGCUCCAGUCUUGGAGUGCCGUGGCGAUAACUGACCCAGCACGCAAGGACGCAGUUGCGACUCUUGCCGGCGACCAGGACUUCAUUCGCCAAGCCCCUUUGUUUAUCCUAUUCUGUGCUGAUCUUAGUCGUCUCGACAAGAUUUCGAAAAGACUGCAAAAGCCUGGGCUGGCGCUCCAAAAGAUGGACUCGUUUCUCAUGGCUACUAUCGACGCUACGCUGGCGGCCCAGAAUAUGGCCAUCGCUGCCGAAUCACUAGGCCUCGGAAUGUGCUACGUCGGGGCCGCGCGAAACAACGCCGCCCAACUCACCGAGCUCUUGAAUCUCCCACCUCGCGCCGUUGCGAUCUUCGGGAUGAGUGUUGGGAAAUCUGAUCCGGAAUCCUUGAAUACUGUCAAGCCCCGGUUGCCUAUAGACGAAGUACUUCACCGAGAGGUUUGGAACGACGAAGGACAAGAGGAACGGGUUUCUUCAUAUGACAAAGCUCUAAACUCGUUCUAUGAGAGUCAAAAUAAGCUCAACAGGGAGCCAUGGAGUUCCUUUGCUGCCUCUGCCAUGGCAAGCGAGAAUUUAGACGGCAGGGAACGACUUCGAGGGGUCCUUGACGCUCAAGGGUUCGGUUUCUCGUGA